AGUUCGAAUAGGCAGACCAAGUAGUCAGACCUUGAAAUUGUCCUGACUGACCAUGAGUUUCAGGAAGCGAACUUUCAAGUGGAUACUUUUGGUCCGACUAUUGAUGUGGAGUGCCAUUGCAUACGGCUGCGAUUUGUCUGCAGAAAAAAAGUUUGGCUCCAAGACCUUCUGUUCUUCAUCUAAUAGCAUGAAUUUCAACAACGCUAUUACUACCUGCUCGUCUGGAUAUGUCUUAGCCUCGAUUGAAAACUUUGUUGAUUAUACCGACACAAUGAGGGCUAUUCAGCAUUUUUUUGAGGAUGAGGAACGUGUAUACGUGAGCUUGCAAAACCCCAAUCGGCAGACGUGUGAAUCGGACGAACAAGAUACGUGUAAUAAUCGUUUAAAAGAUGCGAAUGGCAAUAACUUACCAAGCCUGGACCACGUGGCCGAUUUGAAUGGCGAAGAUAGAAUGUGUAUGUUGUACGACACUGACGCAGAAUAUUUCAGAGGAGCCGAUUGCUCUUCGGAGGCCAAGGUCCUUUGUCAAAAAUAUGUUGGACCUAGUGAUUGUGGAAGUGACCAAUCUUACUAUAAUUUGGAAGUAUUUGCUCAACAUCCUCAAGCUCGGUCCAAAUGUCAAGCGCUCGGUUUAAAUUUGGCAACUCCAUUAUCCAUGCAAGACUUGGAUAAGUUAGAUGAUAUCAAUUAUGAUGGUUAGCGAGCAUAUGUUUGCGAGAUACUGUUUCAACUAUGCGUACUAUAAUACACUAUA